GGCAGGGAGCCCCGCAUCCUCCGCCCGGCCGAGAUGCUGGGCUGCGCCCUUCCCGGACAGCGCUCAGGUGCGGCUCCUCGCCCAGACCCGCCCUCCAGCUUCACCCCCGGCAGCCCUCCAUUCUAAAUUCAAAAUGACUGUCAAAGCUGUAAAGAUGUCGUGCACCACUCCAAACGUUUAUACUAAAGUGCCUGACGGAGGAUGGGGUUGGACUGUUGCUUUUGCUUUCUUCUUCGUGGAAGCACUUACAUAUGGCAUCUUAAAAUCAUUUGGAGUCUUCUUUAAUGACCUGAUGGAAAGUUUUGAUGAAACCAACAGCAGAAUAUCCUGGAUAAUCUCCAUAUGCGUAUUUGUGCAAACCUUUACAGCUCCCUUGUCAACAAUACUAAGCAAUCGCUUUGGUCACCGUCUGGUGGUGAUGGCUGGAGGGAUACUGGUCAGUGCCGGAAUGAUCACCGCCUCCUUCGCACACUCGGUUGUUGAAAUGUAUAUCACCAUUGGCGUCAUCUCUGGCUUGGGAUACUGCCUCUCCUUUCUCCCGACUGUCACCAUUUUGUCACAGUAUUUUGAAAAAAGACGUUCACUGGUCACUGCGGUGGCAUCUACAGGAGAAUGUUUUGCUGUCUUCUCUUUUGCACCAGCUAUUACUGCCUUGAAAGAGCAGAUUGGUUGGAGGUACAGUCUCCUAUUUGUUGGUAUGCUACAGUUAAACAUUGUCAUCUGUGGAUCGCUGCUGCGACCUAUUAUAAUCAAAGUGCAAGAAGUAGCAAAAGUAUUGCCAGUAGAAGAGCAUACAGAAACAAAGUACAUGCUUGAAAACGAGCAAACGUGCACCUCAAUAGAGUCCUUCGACUCAGGAGUAGAAGUAACUACCUCACCUCGCAACGUGCCUGGAAAUGCCAAAACGGAGCUGAAAAGUGAAGAACCAAAGGAAACGGCCCAGAUGCUUGUCGACACUAGCAGCUCCCCUGAAGAACCAAAAACCAAACUACAGCUACUGGACUUUUCCGUGAUGAAAGACUGUAGCUUUAUUUGUUACGCACUCUUCGGUCUCUUUGCCACUCUGGGCUUCUUUGCCCCCUCGCUGUACAUCAUUCCUCUCGGUCUCAGCCUUGGCAUCGACAAGGACCAUUCAGCCUAUAUAUUAUCUGCCAUGGCCAUUGCUGAAGUCUUUGGAAGAAUUGGUGCUGGCUGGGUCCUCAACAAAAAGCCUAUCCGCAAGAUUUACAUUGAACUCAUCUGUGUCAUUCUGCUGUCCAUUGCUCUGUUGGCAUUCCCGUUUGCCUAUGAAUUCUGGGGACUGAUGACGUGUAGCAUUUUUUUCGGGUUCAUGCUUGGGACCGUAGCAGGCACACACAUUCCUCUGUUAGCCGAAGAUGAUGUAGCUGGCAUUGAGAAAAUGUCUUCUGCAGCAGGAGUGUAUGUGUUUAUUCAGAGCUUAUCUGGGUUGGCUGGACCACCCCUGGCAGGUGUACUAGUGGACACGACGCAGAACUACAGGUCAGCUUUCUAUUCCUGCGCUGCUGGCAUGAUCCUCGGUAGUGUGUUCCUGGCCUUUGUCAGACCAUGCAAAACAGGACUGUGUCAAAAUCAGAAGCUGAACUUGGAGGAAAACACGUCAGAAGCUCCAGUAAAUUUACCAGAUGACUUUAUUGAAACAGAUAUUGGGAAAGUAGAUGAUUCAGGAAAAGGCUCUGAAAGCAUGGCCUAAAAAAAAAAAAAAAAAAAAAAAAGCUGUCCUCCUUUAACCUCCUAGAUGCUGUGUAAGACUGGGAAGGGAAAUGGAGUCAGCUCCACUCCAUAUUUUAAAUUCCACUCUAAAGGGAAUGCAAAGUUUUAAGUGUGAACAGUUGCUACCAACACUUUCUUUAUACCACCCCUCCCUUUUUUUUUAAAUUGCUUUUGAUAUAUUUUUUUAAUAUCUAGCAGUGGCAGAUUCCAUUUGAAAUAUGGCCAUGUGCCGCAAGCUAUGGAAGAAUAUUUCUGUCCAGCGUGAAGAUAAGUCACAUUCCUGCUUUCUUAAUAGUACCUAACGGUUCUAUUGAUCAAGUAAAAGACUUUCAUUAAGGACCUUAUGAAAGUCAAAAAUGGCUCAUACAACUCUAUUAACUAGCUCACAGUCUUUGUUUGCCUGCAAGCAUCUUGAAUGGCAAUCCCAAUUCAAUCAACAGAGUAGAUAUGCUGAAGUAGAGACAGUAACUAAACACAACUUGAACUUUUGGGGUUUUCUACCUAAAAAAUAUGGAUUCUAGUUUUUAGAUUUCUGUUUUUGGAUGGUUCAAGGGGUGGGGAAGGGGAUAGACUGAAUAGCUGAUUUAUGACAUAGUUAAUGGUGGGGUUCUGGGUCUUUUUUUUUUUUAAUUAACUUGAACUCCAUCAAUGCUGGGAAGUUGGAGAUUAUCACUUUUUUUUUUUUUUUAAAUGGCCAGUUAUUGCUGCAGAGAGAGAGUUGGAGGGGGAUUUUUUUUCUCCAUACAAGCAUCCUUGAAAUGUUUCCUGUUUGAUCAGAUAUAUUGUCUUUUAAUUUAAACUAGUAUUUAUUUUAAAUUAUUUGGAGGUUGUUAAAAGCUGUCAAAUAAUUUUGUAUUGGAGAGGAAAAAUAAUCCUGUGGCUUAGCAAAAAAGCCAUUUUACCUCUUCGUACCAAUUCUUUCAAUGCCUAUCACAAACUUAAUUUCUUUCCAUCUUUCUUUUUUGUUUUAAGCCUAGGUUGUAGUGACUGCUGUCUGUUUUUAAUAGAUAAGUCUUACACAACCCAUGCUCUUUGAGAGAGGGGAAAAAAAAAGAGAGAACAAACUGCUGGAUAGCAACUUGCAUAUUCAGUGCAUCUUUCCAUAGGUUGUGGGUUUCAGGUCCUCAGGUACUGUAAACUGACAGCUCUGACCUAGGUAGAAUUACAAUAGCUGAGGAUCUGGUCCUGUAUGUUUAGUAUCUAAACCUAUUUGCAAAUUUUUCAAUUACUACUGGACACACAUCCCUGCAGCACUACUGAAUUCACACCAAUAAAAAUCGCUGCAGCUAACAUGAGGCAGCAAAGGCACUUGUCCUCACAGGUUGCAAAUAACAGCUUACAUCCUUUAUAAUAUGAAGGAUGUUUUCUUAAGCUACUAUAGGCAUCGAAUAACUGGUCUUAAAUGCAAAGACAAUUGUCAGUCUCUUAUUCCUACUGAACUCAUUGAGUAUUUUACUAUUUAGUUUUGUGAGCACAAAGUUGGGCCCUUUGUGCAUUUCCCAACUUAGCCUGAUUUACGUGUAAAGAAGGGAACUGUAAAAGACAGCAUACUGGCUGUUCAUUCACUUUAUUUUUAGUUGAUUCCUACUCCAGGGGCGCAUCAACAGGUCACCCUAUGACAACGUAGUGAUGUGCCAUGUUGCUGUGUGCUGCGCUACAGCAACGUAGCAACCACGCGAUUGCCAGCUAUGUCACCGUAGCGGCACACUUCCCGGAUACAGUGUACCCCUAUAGUGACGUAGCGGGAAAAUCUAAGCAUGCGCCACCCGUACCACGCCAUGCUUUAGUAUGAAGCAACGUCGCUGUACAGUGAUGUGUAGAUGCGCCCAUGGUGACAAGCUUUCUUGCCCCAUUUUUAUGCAUCUGUAUGCCACUAAGCAACUCAGGGGGACAAAAAAAAGUCUGUUUUGGUUGUGAGUACACACACCUUGAAAAAUAUUUCUGUGUUUUAAAUGGAAGUGGCAUUGUCCAUUAACUGCUAUGUUACCAUGUCUGUGUAUUUUACCAGCCAUAGAAGUGUGGGACAAUCUGUAAAUUCUCUUUUUGGGAAGGUGCUUUUGGGUUUUUUUAAAUUGUCUUAGAUGUCCAAAAAGAAACAGGCACUCCUGCAACAAGUGGCUAUUGCAAUUCCUUGUCACUGCCUGAGAACUAUCAUGAUCAUGCUGCAGCUCUGUGUCCUUUAUAUGCCUUCAGCACUUUAUCAUACACAGCAGAACCUCGCUAAGUUGCACCAAUGACUGGAAGACCCAUUGUAGGUUGCUAGACUUUUUUUGUGAAUAACUAAAGAACAAAUAUGGCAACAAACAUGUACUUAUUUAUUUUUUUAAGUGUAGCUAAUUUUAAAUUAUGAUACUUCAAGCAUGCUGGUCAGUGUUCUGUAGAAUAACUGUAAAAAUUAAUGAAGUCUUAAUAAUAAGAGACCUCACUACAGCACUUUGCUUAGAAGUGGACAAGGCUGCAGGUUCUCUGGAUGAGUGUGUGUACGUUACCUGUUCUGCAGAUUAACGAGGUUCUACUGUCUCUUUUUACGAGGAUUUCCAAUACAGAUUAAAUGUGUGCGACUGACUGCACAGGGAGGUUCCAGUUUCUGUACAUACAGUAAUAGCAAGAGCAGGCGAGCGUAUGAGUAUGUGUGCACGCACAAAAGACCCAGAAGCAGGCUUUAAUGUGUUCAAAACAGGAUUUGCUAGUUUGUUCUGUAAUAUAUUUAGUGAACUCCUGGAAGUGUCACAAAACACUGAGUUUUGCAAUAAAUUUUUUUUCAUAAAAAACUUCUCAGAUCUCUUGCGUGAUUCCCCCCCACACCAAACCAGUGUGGCAUCUAGUUGGCAAAAAAACCAAAACCAUGAUACACCUUUUAGUUAUGACUGAAAGCCUUGAUUGUCAGAACUCCCUUUUCAGAAGGGCUUUUAGUGAUCGAUCUUCCUUGCACACCGCUUUCCUACACUCAAGUAUCAUGUUGCCAUUCCUGGAAUGAGCAACCAUGAACUCUCUUACAGCAACUACCUGCGUGCUGGCGGAUUAACACUGCCCAUAAAUGAACACUGGUAGCCUGAGGAAACUCUUACCAGCAUAGUUCUUGGCAUAAGUCAAUCCUCAUUCUGAUAGAUAACUGUACUAGCAAUGUGUUUUUAGGCACCACUGUAGAGAGUCUAUAACUUUUGUGAACAGCAGGACCAUCAUUUUAGACAUCAAAGCUGCUGCUCGGUGCAUUCCCAACCAUUUUACUCUUAGUUACACAGGGCAAUAUCCAUUGAGCCACCCUAACUCUUCUUCAUUCCUGUUCUAUUAACAAAAAAAUAAGUCUUCUAUUUUGCUAUCCAGGCAAUAGCUUGUUACCAUUACAGAGGCUAUCAGGAAAUGUUACUGUCACUUUAUUCAAAGUACCACUGCUCUUCUGCUGGGCAGCUGUCAGUUUGUUAAGAGAAGAAACUAUUUAUCUGUAUGUUAGGGUGUGACUUGGUUUCUUUACCAUCCUGGAACAGAAGUGGUUACCAACAGCUGCUGUCUCCUCCUGCGAGGCAUUCCCCUCAACACCAGUACUUCAUCCCUUCAAAUCAGGGCACUUCUGCAAUUACUUCUUUUAACUAUGAUGGUAUAAAGUAAGUUCUCUCAAACUUAUCUAGUCAAUCAGGCUCAUGUCUGCCAAAUACAGAUGAAGGCAGUUGCAUAGGGCAACUUUUAAGAACCUUUCUGUAUGAUGCAUCUUUACUGCCUUCUUCAUGUACAUAGGUCUUCCAAUUUUUUUUAAGCUGUCUAUUGUUGGACGAGUUGGAAGGAAGUAGUUGAAAGGUUUGGGAGGUUUUCAACAAAGAACUUAUUUCCAAAGUAUCUUAGCUAAAUGGGCAUUCAUAAGUCAGUAACAACUUCCUAUUAGAUGUUACCUUGUUGGUAUUUGAUGUCUUGAUCUACCAGGGAUCAAGUUGGUCAAAAUAGGCAAAACCUGAACUUCAAAAAUUCCCACCUUUUAAUUAUUUGUUUUGGCUUGCAGAGACUGGAAAGGAAGAGAGCUUUCAGGCCUUAUUUUUCCCGUCUGAAAAGAAAAUCCAAGGCCAAUUUUUCCCCUUUGAAAAUUUACCAACAUAGGAACUUAAGACAAUUCUAACUUAAUUUUAGCUUGUUCAUUAAAAGAGAAAAAAACCCAACAAAUUAUAGUAAUAACCUACAUGGGGAAAAGUCUGGGAGGACAGAUACUAAUCUGUGGCUUCUUGCAGCACAGCUAAAGGAUGCCACAUCUCAACCAUCCAUCCCUUAUUUUACAGAGUAAUUAAUUAUUCAUUUCUUCUCCAGCACCACAAGAUAGUGCCCCUGGUUUUUACUGAAAUGCUGCAUUAAAAACAAGUGCAUUCUAUUCUUUUAAUAAGGUUUUGCCUGCAAUAAUUACUUAGGGCAAAUCAUGGCCCAUCUGUACUUUCAGUGCAGAAACUGAAGACAUCGGGGUUUGGGAAGCUUCCAGUACGGGAUAAAGUGGGGAAGAGUUCCCUCUAGUGUGCUAUGCCCAUAGGAGGCACAGGAAAGAUUCACAAAACUUGGAUGCUGUCAAUUUGAACAUCCACCUGCAUCCAAAAAUGUUGAAACUACUAUUGUUUUUGAGUGCUCUCUACGAUUACUAUGGCAAAAUAAAUUCCCCUCCUGUUUCGCUGCUUUAUUCACAACCUAAACACGGUAUUUAAAGAGUCUGGCUGCCAGGUCAUACAGAUUUUUAGGGUUUGCUCUCAGAAAACUGCUUCUCAGAUUUCCUUAAGUCAGCUUGAAUAAAAUCAGUUAUGAAAUCUAA